CUUUGCUUCACAGUUCCCAAUACCGUUGUUUGAAUCUUUUGCAAGAGUUUGGUGAUUGGGUCAAAACCUUAUCCGUUGACACUCACGAAGCAGGACCAUCCAAUCUACUUGCAGCGGGCCCCUCUCCUUUCUGCGGACGGACCUGUUAUUUCGAUCUCUUUUCGGCCUUCCGAUUCAGAUUUUUUUUUGUGACGGAUUUCUAUUGGAAAAAUCUGUAGGUUUUUUUAACCGUUGGAUAUGGAUCUCCUCUUAACCCUACCUACCUAGCAGCGCGCUGAAACGGCUUCGUCAUUUCAAACGAAAGAAAGAAACGGCUUCGUCGGGCACUCGCGCUCCCCCGCCUCCUCCGCCAUCCCGCCCCGGCGGCGCCCGGCCGCCCCCGCCGCCAAGACGCCGCCCCGGCGACCGCUCCCAGUCCCAGCCUCCCAGGCCAUGUCCUCUCUAGCCGCAAGCCAUAAAACCUUCCAACCCCAAAGCAACCCUCUAACCAGAACCGGGUUCGUCGGAGUUGGCUCUCACCGGAGAAGAAGGGGAGCUCGCCGGAAACGAAGAAGGUUGAACGAAUCUGCAUUCGAUCCUAAGAUUAAGGAACGGCACCUCUAUCUUCUCUUCGACGACUGGCCGAGGGGUUACAGUAUCCGCAAGGUAAAUCUGUCGCCCGAUGACUUCGGCUCCGGCGAACCCCCAGGUUGGCAGAUGGCUGCCCGCGUCUCAGGCGGAUGGGAGAUGGUCUGCACCGGCGGCCAGCGCCUGCCGUCGGCCAUCUUCCGCUUCGAGAUACAUCGCGGGCUGCCCAUGUAUUUCGCCGCCGCUUGGCUGUGCAGCCCAUAGCCGCCGGGACGGCGCUUCCUUCUGUGCUCGAGCACCACGUCAACGUCUUCGACGUCCGCACGCGGAGCUGCCUCUUUGCCCCUCGGCCGGAGACGUCCGGGCCCGACCCCAUCUACAUCCCCGCCGGCGGCAGGCUCUUUGCUCUCGCUGACGGCACCUUCGAUUGGCUCGACCCGCUGCCGCCGCCGCCUGGCACGCCGGCCUACGGCGAGGAGGCCAGGGAGUGGUCGUGGUUUGAGAUCCCCGACCGCCGUUCGAGCGCAGGCAUGUCAGACGUCACCUCCUAUGCCAUGCACGCCGACGGGCAGACCAUCUUCGUCAGCAUCAAGAAGGGCGCCUCUGCCGCGACAUUCUCGUUCGAGACGGAGGAGCAUGGCGGCGUCUGGCACCGCCACGGCAAGUGGGCGCUGCCGUUCACCGGCUGCGCGCACUUUGACAGCGAGCUGGACGCCUGGGUUGGGCUUUCCGGGGAGCUGGACAGCAUCGGCCACCUCUGCUCCUGCGAUGUGGUGCCCGCCAACCUCGACGCCGACGGCAAGGAUAACCAAGCCCUUUGCAUGGGCUCGCCGUGCGUUUGUAUGGGGCAGUGCCCAGCCCGGAUGCUAAGCAAGGAGAAGCUGUUCAGCAAUGACCCCACCGAGAGGCACGUUGGUGCCACCCUCGUGUACAUGGGAGGCAGAAGCAAGUUUUGCCUCGUGCAGUGCGUCUCGAUCGACGGCGAUCCGCGAUCGUGCCGACGAGAGGUGUGACUGCAACCUGGAUGACGAAGACGACUCGCCGAUGAGAGGAAUGGCUGCCAUCUUGAGGAAUACUACUGCUACUGCGAUGAUGACCUACUGGAUGUCGGUGAUAUGGAGGAGGACGGCGGCUCUGCAUCUGACGAGGGGAAGGACUGCGACCUCAAGAAGCAAGAUGGCCCUGACCGCAAACAGGACGAGCAAGACGUGACCUCCCGGCACCGUCGCUACCUGGUUCGUUUGACUAGGGGGCUGUUUAGAUGACCUGUAAACGUAAAAAGGUGUAAACGCAAAAUAAGGGGUGUAAAAGUUUACAGAUUUUUACGUUUACAGCUCCCACCCCUUAAACGCAAAAAAACUA